CGGCGGUCGCUCGGACCAGCGCCAGUCGCCAGCCGACGCCGCCAAGGGGGGGUCGCGGUGGCGCCCGCUGCACGAGGCAGGUCUCGGCGGAUGUGACCACGCUGCAAGUCAUCAGUUAGACCAGCCGCGGCCGCUGCUCUGCCCUGGCAAGGUGGUCCACGUUAGUGUGCGGGGCGUCACGUGGCCCGGUGUCCAGGGAAUUCGGGAUGUCCAAGAACGGCGUGCUGGCAAAGGAGCCUGUCUCGGACGGAGCGGUGGACUACCAGAGACUCAUCCAGCUGUUCGAAUGUCCUGUGUGCCACGAGUACAUGAGGCCACCCAUACACCAGUGCAAGAAAGGACACGUUAUCUGCCAGAAAUGCCGACCCAAGGUUAAGGGCAUUUGUCCGUUGUGUAAGCAGCUGGUCGCCAAUCAGACCAAUCUUAUGAUGGAGAAGAUCAGCACUCUCAUCAAGUUUCCAUGCGUCUACGCGCCGAAGGGCUGCGACGAGCUGGUGCCGCUGCGCGAGAAGAGCCACCACGAGACCACGUGCGCCCGCCGACCGGUGCACUGCGAGUACGCGCGCCGCGGCUGCGGCGCCCUGCUUCCGCUGCGGGAUAUGACCGGACACGUGCGGCAGUGUCACUUCCGGCCGGCCUGAGCACGCCGCGCGCCACACUCGAAGUCACGCCCGUUCCUGUGUGUCGCUACGAACAGUCGAAAGCCUGGGUAUGGCAGACAUCUGUCCGGCCCGAAGCCCGGUUGCUAUGUACGUCCAAGGUCAGAAUCGUGCUGAAGAUCGUGAGACUCGUCCAAAGUCUCGAGGCGCAUCCAGGCUUGUGAGACUCGUCUAGUGCCACGAGACGUUCUGGUGUCUGAUGUCAGGUUGUGAACUGAAGUGUAACAGAAUAUCACCUACCGGCAUGUCGAGGCUUCCGCCAGAGCCUGCUUCGAGAGCAAAACCGUACAUCUGGGCGCAUUUUAGUCUCGGCUGAACAAACCAGACACUUAGGAAUGCCAGUGUGUCUCCAUGUUCCGGUGUCCUUCAUGAGUGAUGUUGCUGACCGGUUUGAUAGAUUUGUGCUUGCCGGGACUUCAA